UAGUUUAUAUCAGGGUUUAGUCGUCAUCUUUCGUGAAAAAUAUAGAAAUGAAACAAAUGACUCGUUUGUCAAAAAUGUUGGAGCCUAAAUUGUGCUCCAAUUCUGAAAUGAUUGGAUUCCGGUAAGCAUUGGGUGCAGAAGGACUCUGAACAUGAACGGUUACGUCAACGCUGACAAUAAAGUCAUUUAGCCCCAUCUGUUGACGAAAACGUGUAGUUACACGAAGGUGCAUUUUUUUCCCCUUCCCCUUUCGGUCUACAUGCGACAGAGCCUCAUUUGUGACAACCAACCACUGCCUUUGACGUCUUCGCUGUUUUUGCGUCCGUUUAUGUCAAUAAUAUCAAAAAGCCAGGUGGAUGCUCUUCGGUAGGAAAGCGUAGCAAAGCCGUUUGAAGAGGGGAGAGUGUGACGACGCCUGCUCAGGAUGGUUCACUGACUGCAGUGCAGGGGUGGCUUGUUGGAGCGUCUUCGUACCGUGAUCUGCACAUUAAACAUGUGACGUAGGGCUUUUUCGGACAUAACCAGACUGUGAAGCGAGGAUGAGGAGCCGCAGUAAUUCGGGAGUGAGGCUGGAUGGAUAUGCCAGGCUUGUCCAGGAGACUAUUCUGUGUCACCAGAAUCCAGUGUCAGGGCUCCUGCCUGCCAGUGCCCAGAAAAAGGAUGCCUGGGUGAGAGAUAACGUGUACAGUAUUCUGGCCGUGUGGGGGCUGGGCAUGGCCUAUCGCAAGAAUGCUGACCGGGAUGAGGACAAGGCCAAGGCCUACGAACUGGAGCAGAGUGUGGUCAAACUGAUGCAAGGACUUCUGCGCUGCAUGAUAAGACAGGUUGCCAAGGUGGAGAAGUUCAAACACAGUCAGAGUACCAAGGAUUGUUUGCAUGCCAAAUAUGAUACUCCCACUUGUGCCACAGUGGUGGGAGAUGACCAGUGGGGUCAUCUUCAGGUGGAUGCCACCUCGAUUUACUUGCUGAUGUUGGCACAGAUGACGGCCUCAGGUCUUCGUAUCAUCUCAAACUUGGAUGAGGUGGCUUUUAUCCAAAACUUGGUCUUCUACAUCGAGGCUGCAUACAAGGUUGCGGAUUAUGGCAUGUGGGAACGAGGUGACAAAACCAACCAGGGCAUCCCCGAGCUCAAUGGCAGCUCUGUUGGAAUCGCAAAGGCUGCUCUAGAGGCUAUCGAUGAGCUGGAUCUUUUUGGUGCCCACGGUGGCCCAAAGUCUGUCAUCCAUGUUCUUCCUGAUGAAGUGGAACACUGCCAGUCCAUCCUGUGCUCCAUGCUGCCCAGAGCUUCAACUUCCAAAGAGAUAGAUGCCGGCCUCCUGUCUGUUAUAUCUUUCCCCUCGUUUGCAGUGGAGGAUGCAGAAUUGGUGGCCAUCACCAAGUCGGAAAUCAUCGGGAAAUUGCAGGGACGCUAUGGUUGUUGCCGCUUCAUCAGAGAUGGAUAUCAUUGUCCUAAAGAGGACCCAACCCGGCUGCAUUAUGAUCCUGCUGAGCUGAAGCUAUUUGAGAAUAUUGAAUGCGAGUGGCCCGUCUUCUGGACCUACCUCAUUCUUGAUGGUAUCUUUACAGGAGACCAAGUGCAGGUGCAGGAGUACCGUGAGGCACUGGAGGGCAUAUUGAUCCGGGGGAAAAAUGGCAUCAAAUUGCUGCCUGAACUUUAUGCUGUACCAACUGACAAGGUGGAGGAGGAGUACAGCAACCCGCACUCUGUGGACCGAGUAGCCAUGGGCCAGGUCCCUCACAUGUGGGGACAGUCGUUGUACAUCCUGAGCUGCCUUUUGGCUGAGGGCUUUUUGGCACCAGGAGAGAUCGAUCCUCUCAACAGGAGGUUCUCCACAAAUUUAAAGCCUGAUGUUGUAGUUCAAGUUUGUGUCUUAGCAGAAUCGAAGGACAUCCAGAAGUUAUUGAAUGAGCAUGAGAUAAAGGUCCAAAUGUUGUCCGAGGUUCUGCCAAUCAGGGUCCUGCCUGCUCGCAUCCUGAGCCACAUUUAUGUCCGACUGGGGAAUUGCAAGAAGCUGAAUUUGAGUGGCAGGCCCUACAGACACAUCGGAGUUUUGGGAACAUCCAAAUUUUAUGAGAUCAGGAACCGCUCAUACAUAUUCACCCCUCAGUUUCUGGAUCAGCACCAUUUCUACUUGGCCCUGGACAACCAGAUGAUCGUGGAGAUGUUGCGUACAGAGGUGGCCUACCUCUCCUCCUGCUGGAGGAUGACAGGACGACCCACCUUGACUUUCCCCAUCACCCGCAGCAUGCUCGUUGACGAUGGAGAUGCAAUUGAUCCAUGUAUCCUAGCAACGCUGAGGAAGCUGCAGGAUGGCUAUUUUGCGGGCUCAAGGAUCCAGAUGUCGGACCUCUCCAGUUUACAGACCACUUCCUUUCACACUCGACUUAGCUUCUUGGAUGAAGAAAACGACGACAGCUUACUUGAAGAGGAUGAAGAGGAAGAGAAAGACUAUGGAGAAGAAUACAGCCAAUGUGAACCUUCAGGCUCAAACGACAUGUUUGAUCAGUACCUCACGCAGCUCCUCCACAGCACCACCACCAGAUGUCAUCUUCCUCCCAUCCAGGGCGGGGAACACCACGUGUUCAGUGCUGAACACACAACCAGAGAUAUCCUGUCUAUGAUGGCUCAGGUUCAAGGUCUUAACGUGCCCAAGUCUUCCAUGUAUCUACCUGUUGUCCCUCUCAUGAACAAGCAUCGCAAAUCUCUCAACCUGUUGGAAGUUCCUCAGCCUGCCUCACAUGCAAAGCAACACAAGACAAAGUGUCGCAGUGCAGCUGAUCUCCACUUGCCGCGAGACGCCCAGGGCAACAUGGAUUUUGCAGUGCUGGUGAGACAGCUGAAGGAGUGUCCAACUCUGCAAGACCAAGCAGACAUCCUUUACAUUCUCUAUAUGAUGAAAGGAGCUGAUUGGCUGGUUGAGGUGUCAGGUCCAGGCCAUGGUUGGGUGAGUGUCCGCACCCUAUUGGAGGAGCUGUAUGUGCAAGCUGGAGCCUGCAAGGAAUGGGGUCUCAUCAGAUACAUCUCGGGAAUACUGCGCAAGAGAGUGGAGGUCCUCGCUGAGGCCUGCACAGAUCUUAUUUCCCACCACAAGCAAAUUACCGUGGGUCUUCCUCCUGAACCCAGGGAAAGAGUCAUCACAGUUCCUCUCCCCCCUGAGGAGCUUAACGCUCUCAUCUUUGAAGCCAGCGGUCAGGACAUCAGUGUUGCUGUUCUCACUCAGGAAAUCAUGGUCUACUUGGCUAUGUAUGUGCGCUCCCAGCCCGCCCUAUUUGGAGACAUGCUCCGACUGAGAAUAGGACUCAUCAUGCAAGUGAUGGCCACCGAGUUGGCUCGCAGUCUGCGAUGCUCUGGGGAAGAGGCCUCUGAAAGUCUGAUGAGUCUGAGUCCUUUUGGCAUGAAGAACUUGCUGCACCACAUCCUCAGUGGCAAGGAGUUUGGCGUGGAAAAAAGCAUGCGACCCAUCCAGUCAACAGCUACCAGUCCGGCCAUCUCUAUCCAUGAACUAGGACACACUGGAGCCACCAAGACGGAGCGCUCAGGAAUACACAAACUCAAGAGUGAAAUCAGACAGUUGGAUGACUCCCGGCCACUCAGUAUCGUCAGCGGCAGCCUCUCCACAUGCAGCAAUGUCACCUCUCCUCGCUCCACGCGUUGUAGCAGCCCCUCCACUCCCAGUGGGAUGUUGUCCCCAGUGGGCUCUGGUCAAGGUGAUGGGCAGCUGCACUGGGAGGAGAGGCAAGGCCAGUGGCUCAGGAGACGCAGAUUGGAUGGAGCUAUCAACCGAGUCCCAGUGGGUUUUUACCAGAAAGUGUGGAAGAUUCUGCAGAAGUGCCACGGCCUGUCCAUUGAUGGCUACGUCUUACCCUCGUCCACCACAAGAGAGAUGACAGCAAGAGAGAUCAAGUUUGCAGUGCAGGUGGAGUCGGUUCUCAACCACGUGCCUCAACCGGAAUACAGACAGCUGCUGGUGGAGACCUUGACGGUUCUGGGCCUGGUAGCCGACGUCGACGUUGACAGCAUUGGGGGUGUCAUCCAUGUGGAGCGCAUCCUACACAUGGCCAACAACCUGUUCCUCAACGAUCAGAAAUCUCACAGUGCCUGUGACUAUUUCCUUCAGAAGGACCCAGCAACAGGAAUUUGCAACUUUUUCUAUGACAGCGCCCCCAGUGGCCGUUAUGGCACCAUGACGUAUUUGUCGAAAGCGGCGAUCACAUAUGUUCAGGACUUCCUGCCGAGUUCAAGCUGCCUGAUGCAGUGAAGAAGUAAAUCAUUCAAAAAAAAUGCUGUCCAACAUUUAUUCAAUGUCCUUGACAUCCAUCUUAACUCAACUGCAUUUACAACAACUCAGCCCACUGGCAGAAUGACUCUCUUACCAGUAAUGUUUUUUUUCCUUACUAAUAUGUAGCCCAUCAGUACAACCUUAAAAUGGAUUUUCUUGAUAUUGGAUAAAUGCUCAAACGUCUUUAUUUCAAGAUAACCAUUAUUAGUCUCACGAUGGGGAAAUAAGCAUUACGGUAAUUAUUGCAAACAUUACUUCAACAAGUGCCCUAGUUGCAACUGGUGUGCUGAAUUGUCUUUCCAAACUAGGUGCUCCUGAAAGACAUAUGAAGAGGCAUGUGAUUGUAAUAUGUAUCCGAUUAUAUCAUAUUGUUAUGAUGGUCUUGACACUUCAUUUGUAAACCUGGAUUGUGCACAUCAUUUUAAUCGGGAUCUACAGUAGCUCACAAAAGUGAGUACACAUUUCUGCAUCUAUGUAACUAUAUCUCUUCAUGGGAUAACACUGAAGAAAUUACACAAAUAUAUAACCCCUGGAAACAAAAAUGAGUCCACCCCGAAGUGAAAAUGUCCAAAUUGAGCACAGUUUUGGUAUUCCAGCAGUCAGAGUGGCCAGUGAAAGUUCAAAAUGGCACUUCAUGACAAAGAACUCUCUGAAGACCU